AUGGACGGUCUGAAACUUGCUUGGGACAUCGGAACAAGGAGCAUUGAAGUUGAAUCUGAUAAUAGUACAGCUGUUCGCACUCUUAAGUCUCCACCUCUGCCCAGUGAUUCUACCAUUAUCCGUAGGAUCCCGCAACUGCUGAGCCUGCAAUGGUCUGUCAAGUUCACUUUCAUUAAUCGUGGGAAGAAUGCUUUAGCGGAUGCUCUUGCUAAGUUUGGUCGCUCGAUGGAAUUAGGGCUAACGGUGCUUGAGCAACCUCUGACUGAGGUUCAGGAGCUGCUCGACAAAGAUAUAGAUUUCCGUUCUGCUAGCUAA